AUGGAUCAAGCGAAGAAUCCAGACGAGAAGCCGAGUCAGCCGCCUGUCCAUUCAGUUCUCCAUGAGACACGGACUGCGGAAAACAGCGCUACUCACCUGUUACCUAAGCUGCAGGCCUUGAAAGAACUCAACCCCAAGCUAUCGCUCCUGGAUGUCGGCUCUGGGUCAGGCACCAUUUCUGUGAGUUUCGCCAAACUCAUCCCCGAAGGCCAUGUCACCGGUGUUGAUCUUAACCCCAAUAUCUUACCACGGGCACGAGCUGUUGCCGAGAUCGCUGGCGUUACGAACAUCGAAUUCCAGCAAGGCAGCAUCUACAAACUUCCUUUUGCCGACGAGACAUUUGACGUCACCUUUUGUCAUCAGGUGCUAAUCCACAUUGCUAACCCGUGGGAUGCACUCUGUGAAAUGCUCCGAGUGACAAAGCGUGGUGGCGUUGUGGCUGCCCGCGAGGGUGAUUAUGAGACUGAGUGUGUCUGGCCUGAAGUUUCUGAAUUGCAACGAUUUCACAAACUUAUGGCUAGCCUCAUGAGUGCCAAUGGUGGUGCUCCCACUGCAGGGCGACAGUUACUGUCAUGGGCGCUCAAGGCUGGUGCUGAUCGCAGCCAGAUAACACUCAGUUUUAGUUCAUGGUCUUAUACCACACCGAGUGAGAGGAGUGUGUGUGCCCAGGGAUUAUGUUCUCCUCUCAGGGGAGGUUCUUUGCGGGAGAAAGCAUUGAAGCAUGGCCUGGGAACUGAGGACGACUUUGAAAAGAUGGCCAAUGCUUGGGAGAAAUGGGCGAAGACAGAAGAUGCGAGCUUGGCUAUGCUGAACGGAGAAAUACUGAUUCAGAAAUAG